AAUAAAUCUGUCAACAUUUUGUGAAGCUAGUUUCCAAAUACUUUCAAUACUGAAAAUUUUUCAUGUAAUGUGAUCAACUAUACUGGCCGCUGAUCAUCUACUGGUCAGGUCACUUACCUUAUAUUAUACUUAAUCAAGGAUAGCUAGUUAUAGCUAAGUACCUAAGUAGAGGCUUACUUCCUCCUUCACAAGUUGAAUUACCUACCUUAAACUAUCAGUUUGUAGGUAGAGGUAUCAUAUUGAACUCGUAGGUACUCACAAAAGCAAUAAAAACGAUUCAAAGUUCAACUUAUUUUGUACAUGGUACUAAAACUAAGUUUGUUAUUUCCAAAUUAGCAAGGUCUUUGUGCGCCUACCUAUACCUAUAUCUUGUCAAGUAGUUCAUUUUUUUUGUUGUGUCGAAAUGAGAAACCGAAUUUUUAGAUCAAUUUAUACCGAAGCAGUGGAUCAUGUUAAACCAUUCGAAUCAAUACCGCGUCCAUUCCAGUUACCAUUUGUCGGAAACUGGCACCUGUAUAAAUUGGGAAUAUAUAAUCCACGAAAAUACCACCAAGUGUUAAGUAACUUAUAUAAAAAAUAUGGACCGGUUGUUUACGAAAAAGUGGGCUUAGAUGAACCUCUUAUUCAUAUUUUUGAACCAGAAGACGUACAGACAGUUUAUAGAAACGAGGAUAAACUGCCAGAGAUCUUUCCUUUGAAUAAAUUUGCCAGAGAUUACAGGAAACGAGAAGAUUAUUCAGCAGGAUUAGGGAAUACAAAUGGCGACGAAUGGUACCGAUUUAGAAAUGGCAUACGUGAUUUUAUGAUGAAAACUAAGUGCGUUCAGGGAUUCCUGAAAGAGACUGAAACUGUCACGGACGAUUUGAUAGAAAUUAUGAAAAAAGAGAGCGCUGAUAACGAGGGAAGAAUCGUGGAUUUACGACAAUUACUUGGAAGAUGGUCUAUAGAAGUCGCUGGUGAAAUUUGUUUUAAUAAGCGUUUAGGUUACUUAUGCGGUCCCAACGAAGCUCUGGGCAGAAAAAUGGUCCAAGCUAACAAGACCGUUUUUCGUACAGGGGCUUUACUGAAGUUCGCUUUACCAUUUUAUAACUACGUGAGAACUCCUAAAUGGACACGACAAGUGGAAUGUGAACAUCUCAUUCAUGGAACUGCUUUGGAACAUGCGAAUGAGGCAUUUUCAAAAAUUGAUCAACUUAUGAAAAGUAAUUCCCUCAAGGACGGUCAGUACAAAUUUUUGAUAACACUGCUACAAAAAGAUGAACUUAGUCGUAGAGACGUCGCUACCCUAUCGAUUUCCUUAUUCGGCGAUGGUUUAUCUACAAUAGUUCCAGUUUUAAUAACCAUGUUGUAUUGCUUGGCCACCAAUCCACGUGUUCAAGAAAAAGCUUACGAAGAAAUAUGCAGAGUUACAGGCGACAAGGAUCAGAAUUUAGAUGCUGGAAUUGUGAAUCAACUUACUUAUUUGAAAGCUAUUAUGAAAGAAACUUUUAGGAUGUAUCCAAAUGGGGUUGAAAUAGCUCGUAUCAUUAAAAAACCUCUCAUUCUGUCAAAUUAUCAUAUCCCUGCCAAAAGUAACCUCAGCAUGAAUAUGCAGAUUCAUUUCAAAUCUCCCAAAUAUUUUUCCGAUCCGGAAGUAUUCAAACCAGAACGAUGGAUCAGAGGCUCGAAGGACUCAAAUGUUCAUCCAUUUCUGUUCGCACCUUUUGGAGUUGGUGCUAGAACUUGCGACGGAAGGAAAUUUGCGGAAAAAGAUUUACACGUUUCGUUGUUUAAAAUAUUGAAAAAUUUCAAGCUCGUUUAUCCACCCGAUGGACCUUGUAUUGAUUUUGUUUUCGAUACGUUACUUUUUCCUGAUAAAGAUUUACCUAUUCGGUUUCUUCCUCGAUAAGUCAUUCAUUAAGUAGAUACCUACCUGGAUUUUUAAAGCAUUUCUAUUUUUAGAAUCAUUUGUUUAAAACCAUAAAUUUUUUUCAAAAAGCAUAAUAUCUAUAAUCCUAAUUGUAAGUACCUAGUACCUACUUAAGCGUUACGAUUAUCUGAUUACUUUUGAUAGAUAAGUACCUAAUUGAUUUAGCUAAUAUAAUUUAUCCGAAAAAUGUAAUAAAAUGAGAGAAACAAGAACGAAAGCCGAACUUUUGAUAUUGAUUUAAAUAAUUCAAUAAAUCUACUGUUCAUUUUUAACA